GCUGAAUUACAGCGUGUGGCUGGUAACGUCAUCAAGCGAAAUCAGCGAUGCCUGGAUGCCCAUGGCCACCACUUACAGUAUCUCUUAUAAACAGCGGAGAUGGACUACGCAGACCAGCUCGCGAUCGUGGCAGGCUGGGGCCGUAUCGGGCAAGACAAGCCACUGUCGCGCUUCCUCCUCGCAGCCGAGGUCCGCGUCAUCUCCAACGACUUCUGCCGCAAGUCGUCCAUCGGCGAUCAUAUCAAGGAUAACAUGCUGUGCACCUACUACGAGAAGAAGGACGCUUGUCAGGGCGACAGUGGCGGUCCAUUAGCAAUUGCGUCAAGUGACGGUCACUUCGAACAGAUUGGUGUAGUAUCAUGGGGUAUUGGUUGUGCACGACCAAACAUGCCUGGUGUCUUCAGCAGAGUGACCGAAUUCUUGAACUGGAUACGCCGCAAUACAAGAGAUGCUUACUACUGUUCAAGAAAUUAACACCAUUCAAGAUAAUGGCAAAGCAACAUUUCUCUUGAUUGGCAAUGGAAGAUGUUCAACAUCUUCGUUUUACGUUAAAUAUCACAUUAAUCUCCUACAAUAUUAAAUGUGACAUCUAAGUAUUUGUUUGUUCAUUUUGUGAUUUUGUAGGUGCAAAAUUGAUGUUCAUAAGACUAUAUAACUGACCACACAGUGAAAUGCAGCAGAAGCAUCUCCUUAAAUACAGAUUUGUGGUCUUUCAACUGCACUGUC